GUUACUUUUUGCCAGUUAGGAUUACCAAUGUAUACACAAUAGAUGCUCCAAAACGUUAUUUAUUAUAGUUAUACAAACUUUGAUUGGUUAUAUAGAUUAUUAUUAUAUCUUGAUCUGACUUCGUCGUUAAUAUUACCUCUUCAACAGCGUAAACUUAACUCUCUGACAAGUGUUCUCUAACACAGUCUGUAUCAUGCACAAUAAUAUAUUAAUUAUAAGUAAUAGCAUGGCAUUCAGGUCGAUUAGUGAUUAAAUGUACCCGAGAGCUCUCGAGGCUUGAGGGACAUUUCAUCACUAAUCGACCGUAAUGCCAUGCUAUUACUUUGUAAUAUCAUAGUUGCCGAAGGAAUCGCGCGUGGUGUGUUGCCUGUUUUGAAUGCUGUUUGAUUGUCUUAUGAUUGUGGUACGAACACUUUUCAUAUAUACGCACGCGCAGAAACACAUCUCCAUGUUCAUUCGUUUUAGGCAUGCGCAAAAACGGAAUUUUCCCCCACAAUUGUAAUGUUCAAGAUUAGGGAAUAAAAGCUGGCAAAGUGAUUGUUCGAAUGUGUACGGGACGGUGUCGUCAGAUACUGUCCAUAGUUGUGCCGAUGAUUUUCGAUGAGGUACAGCUCUCCAAUCAGAGGUAAUGAGGUACGCUUUUGUCUUCUAAAUUUCCCUCAUCAAGCAUGCAGGGGAAAAUUAGAAGACAAAGAAAUCCUUAAUUGUUUUCAACUAAAUUUCCCGGGUAAAUUUAGUUGAAAACAAAGGAUUUCUUUGUCUUCUAAUUUUCCCUUGCAUGCUUGAUGAGGGAAAUUUAGAAGACAAAAGCGUAUGCAUGGUAAUGAGGUAAAUCAGUGAUUAAUCGUACCUCGCAAGACAAAGGAUUUCGAGGCAACUAUAAUAUUACUGUAGUAAACGUCCUUUUUGCCCAACUUUUACCCUGAUUAUUACGUCAAUGAAUUUGGCUCAUAAACUAAACUAAACUUAAUUAAAGCAAUACAUUGACACAUUCUAACACAUUCCCCCUCCAAAAUUAGUGUCGUCCUAUGACACUCGUCGUCUAAAUUAUGUACAAAACAUAAACUUCUUAGGCCUAAUACGUUAGUUUAUAGGAUCUUAUGAUUAUGCUUAUCCAGUAUAACCUUGAAUGUUGCUGCAGCUUCUGUUAACUGGCAUAAAUCCUUAACCUUAUAUACGUGAUAGCUUAUAAAGAUACGCUAAAUAUCUUAAUUUUUAUAUUGGAGUUAUGGAGCGUUUUUUUCCCAAUGUAGUGAUAGAAAAUAAUUAAAUUGUUAUGUAACUGUUCAGCAUAUAGGCUACGGCAUCACUUGUAUUGGAUGUCCAUGGAACGGAGGGAUUUGGUUGGGGAUAGAAUAUAUUGGGUCGAAUGAACGAGGUCCAAGGAAAAGGUGGUGGUAGUGGGGAAUAAGGAAAAGGAUUUUCGGAUGCAAGAAGGGCAAAUGGAGGAUUUAGAAAGUUUGAUUGGUUGGUUUACUGAAGGGGGUGCCAUACAUUGGGUGGAACUGUAGCUGAAAUAGGGAAUACUCCAAACGGAUUAUGUCUCACCAGGAUUGUAGUAGGUUAGCCGAUCAGGUGCAGUGGGUACCGUACUCGCUGUGGUCUCAAAUUUUCAACUACAGAUAGAUAGAUAGAUAGAUAGUUUAAUAAAACAUUUACAUUGCAGCCAAAGGCUGAAUUACGUAAAGUUUACAAAAUACGAAUUAUUAUUUAAUUACUAUUAUAAUUAUUAAGUUAAAAUUAUGCAAAUAUUUAAAAUUUUACUAGGAUGAUAAUAAAAAAGAUACCACUAACGUUAUGAAGACAUCUUCGAUGCCAUCGCAAAUAUAAAAGAGUUUUUAGUACGAUUAGUAUUAAAAUGAGGAAUGUCAAAUUGAUGACCAUUUCUGAGAUCGUGGUGCCAGUUAUGUUUCUGUGGGAGGAGGUCAUAAAGUUUGUGGUUUGAAUCGUUUGUAACAUUAUCAAACAAAUUUCUGCAUAAGAAAUUAUGGUGUUCUUCUAUUGGUUUGAUGUUCAAAAUUUCUCCUGUUGCAGAGUAGUCCAUUCCUGGAUUUAUUGUUGAAAUAGCCCUUUUUUCCAGUCGAAUAAAUUCGUUCUUUAAGUAUUGUGGAAGGGAGUGAUAAAAAGCUGGUACUGCGUAAUCCAUGACAGAUCUAACACAAGACGUAUAGAAUAACACAAGAUCUUUAACUGGUAACCUAGCUCUUUUUAAUUGAACCAGGUAAUAUAGUCUUUUACUGGCUUUUUUGACGACCUCUUUUAUAUGGGCAUGCCAAGUUAGAUUGUUACUUAUUGUUACUCCCAAUAAUUUAGCACUUUCGACUAUUUCGACUUCUUUACCAUUGAGUAUGACUUGAUCUAGAACAACUGGGUCCUUACUAAAAGAAAUUCUCAAUUCUUUACAUUUGUCUGGAUGUAGCUUUAAUCUAUUUUCUUCUGACCAUUGCUUAAUAUGAUCUGCUAUGUUUUGGGCUGUACUAACAUUGCCUUUGGGAAGAAUUUCCGAUGCUGUGGUAUCAUCCACGAACUUCCACAUGUAUGGGGAAUUAAUAUUCAGGUCUUGGAUCAUUAAAAUAAAUAACCAUGGACCUAGCUUUGUACCUUGCGGUACACCAGACGGAACAAGGCCCCACUCAGAAAAACAGCUAUCGGCCAAUUUUACUCUCUGCGUUCUAUGAGAAAGAAAAUCUAUUAUCCAGUUAAUUAUACUUCUAGGUAUGUUCAAAUUACCCAGUUUCUUUACAAGAAUUGUAUGGUCGAUAAAAUCGAAUGCCUUGCGAUAAUCAAACAAUAUUGUCCUUAUUGUUGCCCCAUUCCCGUCAGUGUUUAUAAACCAGUGAUGCAGCAUACUAAUUAACGCCAUAGUGGUUGACGAUUUUGAAAUCGCUCCAUAUUGACUAGCAUCGAUUAUGUCUAGAAUUGCCGGUUUAACAUAAUCCUCAACAAUGAAUUCCUCUGCCACCUUAGAGAUGCAGGGGUCAGGGAAAUAGGCCUGAGAUCUUUUUCCAAUAUAGUCACUGGUUUUUUUUUUGGUAACGGCGAAACAUUAGCUUUCUUCCAGAUGGUAGGCAGCUGCUGUUCGUAAUAGGAAGCAUUGAUAAUUUUCAUGACAGGAAGGGCCAAAAGAUAAGAAUAUUCUUUAAAAAUCCAGUUUGGUAGAUUGUCUGGUCCGGGCGCCUUGUGAGGAUUUAAUUUCGCUAGAACUUUUUGAACACGUUCUUCAGUAACUUCCAAAAAUUUUGGUGGGUCUUCUAACGGAAGAUGUUCGAAGGGUUCUGAUAUUCUGUAUUCGGCCAAGGGUGCAAGAAAGGCAGUAUUAAUGGUAUUAGCUUGUUCAUGUGGAGGGAGGUUCGUAAAUCCUUCGACAUUAAUUUGAUGGGAUAAAUUUGUGCCUGCCGACUUUAUUCCACUUAACCGCUUAACCUCAUCCCACCACUUCCUUGGGACUUCUCCUUUAAGUUGUUUAAUGUUGGAUUCGUAGUAUUUUGCCCUGCAGACUUUUCUUUCUCUGUUGACACAGUUUCGGUAAUAUUUAAAUUGUACACCGUGCGCAUUGAAAGCUUUUUACCUCUUAAAAAUUAGGGAUUUAAGCUUCUGGUUCAUCCAUGGAGAGUCAGCUGGGUGAAUACGAAUUUGUUUUUCUGGCAUUAUGGUGUCUAGUCCAGAAUGAACUACUUCUUGGAAGACUGUCCACAUAUUUUCGCAAGUAUCCAAAGGACUGAGCAUUAAGGUCCAAUCAAUUGAACUUAAGUAUCUUCCCAUUUCUAAUUUACGACUUUUCCGCUGGUCAUGUAUUGUUAUCGAUUUUUUAGUAUUAUUCUUCUGCACUGCAAUUUUCCCUGUAGCUACUAUUGUAUUAUGAUCGGACAGCCCAAAUCCUGGAUAACCUUGAGGUGGGUUAUAAAACUUGUGCAUAUUAGUUAAAAUGAGAUCUAGCGUAGCAUCGUUUCGAGUAGGUAUCUUUACAAUUUGCUUGAGACGAAAGUGAUUUAGCAACCGGGUAACGUUAAGACGAUUAAAAUCGCCAGUUAUAAUGAUUCCGCAGUUUGGAUAUUUUGAUUCUACCAAAGUGAGUGUUUGGAAAAGAUGAUCCAAAAAUAAUUUUCCAUCUGCCCCAGGUGGGUGAUAUAUUACCGCUAUAAUUAUGCAUGUAAAUCCACGAGGGAGACAGGUUGGUCUCAAGUAAAUCCAUAAACAUUCAUGGUCAUCACAGCAAUUCAGGUCGUCCAGACGUUUAUAUUUAUAUUGUGAUUCUCUAAUGUAGGCACACACCCCUCCAUAAUUCUGCGAUGAUCUAUCCCUGCGCAAUAAGGUGAAAUUUGGAAUAUCAAUGACACUGUCUGACACGGAUUCUUUCAACCAGGUUUCUGUUAUGAGGGCGAGAUUAAUUUCAUUACGAAUAAUAAAUUCAUUAAUUUCAUCGAUUUUUGGUACCAGGGACAUGACAUUUGUUAACAUUAACUUCGGUACUUUAGGAAUUCUUUGAAUGGAACUGUUUAAUAAUAAUACCGGUACCAAUUCGCUUGGUCUUUCAUGUUCGAUGUUAUACGAAAACCCUGCGCUCCAAUUUUAUCACAUUUUUUAGCUUUGACGAUACCGGGUUUUGUUGAUUUAUUCUGCUUCCCGAUUUCGUUCUUCCUUGGCCAAUAUCUAUUGCGUUGACUAUUAAGAUAAUUUCUAUUUGCAUUUAAUUUUCGGGAGUUUGAUUGAUGUUUUCUAUCAGUUAUACGAGUUGGAAUAUGCUGAUAGUUACACGACCCUAGCGGUGGACAUGAAUUCUGCUCUAUUUGGCUCCGAUCAUCAUAGAACUGAUGUACUUCUUUUGUAUUCCCGUUGUUAUUAUUAACAACGGAAAUUUCAUGGGAGGAUGAGCAACUAUUUAAAUUUGGUUGCUGGUUGGAAUUACUUUGUAUACGUCUGGGUGCUUCUUUUGUUCUAUUUGAAUUUUUAUGUUGUUGGGCACUUUUGUUGUCGCCUAAAGAUUUUCCUACAGUAUUCGGAUUUGCUUUGUAAUUUUCCAUCUCCGAAUUUAAUGCUUGAAUUUGAUCAAUGAGUUUUUCAUUUUCGAUUAAAUAGGCAUCUGAAUCCAACUUGCAGUUUACAUGCUGCGUUAUCUCUUUUUGAUUCUUUUGUAUAUCGGCAAUUUCUGUACAUAUUCGAUUGAACUUUGAUUCCAUUAUAACUAGGUCUAAUUCCAUUAUGACUGGGUCAGGGCUACACACUCGAGUUUGAUUAGUGCUAUCUUUUGCUGGAUACAAAUCCGUUUGUACAGCGACACUACACUUCGCGCUUUUGGAACCGAAACCUUGAGAUUUAAUAUAAUUUGUAACCAUGGCCAUGUCUUCAGAAAGAUUAUUCAUAACUGCAGACAACUGAUGGACUUUCGUCUUAACGUCGCAAAAUUCAUUAAGUAAUCGGUCAACAAUUCUAUUCUCAUUCGGUUCAGAUUCGUGAAUUUGGGUUUUGUUCCGGCAUAAGUUAAUCACUAAGUCCUUCAGCUUAUCACCAAGUUCACAUUGAAACAAGAGAGAUUUCUUGUUCGCAUACCAAGUAAUAGUUAGUCUGUCAUUACGGAAUGACUUUGCACUCCCACCCGGCGAACUCCAUUUACCGUCGUUGCCAAACAAAUUAGAUACGAAAUUCUUCAGGUUCUCGAAGUCUCCAGCCCAUCUUAUUCGAUUAAUAUUUUUAUUAUAUUCAAUAUAUUCUAUAUACUUUGACACGACAUUAAAGAAAUUAACUUCAAGCUGACCAGAUAGAUUAACAGCUGACUUAUCUAUAGUCCGACCGGCAUCCAUGUUGUCAACAGGUAUGGUAGGGAUCUCAUCAACAGGGUUUAGCUUAUUCUGCUCACCGCUGAGGUCUAAUGUUUCUUCGGUCUCGGUGAGGGGUUGCAAUUCAAGGGUUUCUAAAUUGUCGUCUACAGCCAGGUUAUCACUGUUAUUAGGAACUGCCUCGUCUGUUGGUGGCGGGUUUCGGGAUUGGGCAGAACGCGUUUCUCGACGUAGGGAGACCGUUACCACAUCAGAGAAUUCUUCGUCGCUGGAGGUUUCCUCAUCCUGCGCUGUAACGUUUCAGGGUGGUGAGGGUAAUAUUUCGCCGAAUCCCCCGAGCAGAGGGUCUAUAAAUGAUAUAUUAUACCGAAAAUUAAAAGCCUCCAAGUUGAGAAUUAAACUGAACUUGACACAUAACCUUCGUGAAUACGAUGUUUUAUUUUCGGAUUAACGCAAGUAUCGUCACCUUUCUUUCGAGUCACAUAUCGUUUGGAAUAUUAAUGAAAACAUGUUUCAAAAUUUGCUUCAAAAUUUUGAAAAAGCCCCAGCAAGGGAUCGCAUAUGUAUUUCAAGAACUAAAAUGUCAGUUUCGUCGCGAUCUAGUAGCGUUUCGGAGUAUUUGUCUGAAACAGAUUCUCCUGCAUCUCAUCUGUUUAUAUAACAGCAAAUUCAAGCGAACCUGACAAUGAAUUUUUGCCAUUUGAUGAUACUAUUGCUGACUAUUGCUAGAGCCGCUUGCCUCGCCCGCUGAAGAUGUAUAGCCGAGUACGAGGUCGACGAAGCUGUAGCAGAAGACGAACAGCUCGAAAAUAUGUCACAAAAUCGUUUUGAAGGCCAUGCAUGUUGAUGUAUCGUUUUUAUUUGCCGGAGUAAUAAAUUAAAACGUAUCUCUGAACUUCUAUUUUGCAUUUUUUAUAAGGUGUGAAUGUGGUCAUUGCUGUCAACCUGAAGUAUGCCUACUAUGCCGAUGUUGUUAUUAAACAAGCAUUAACAUAUUGUGCGCGCACAUUUAUUUAAUAUUAUAUAUUUUAUAGGUUCUUACGCGCAGUUUUCUACAGACAGCUCGCGGUUUGGUAUGAGAUUUUACGGGCAGUUCAAGGCAUCUCACAUUACUGUGUUGUUGUUACAAUAAAAUAUGAUCAACAUUCCCGAACACUGAUCAGCGAGCUUACACGGAGUUUGACAAAAACAGCUCGAUGGUUCAUCCUCGUUCGUAUCAGUCUUGUUUGCAGUUUAGCCCAACUCGUUUAAAAUUUAAACCUAUUUUCAAUAAUAUGAGAACAAUACUUGUCGCGUGAAUUUAUAAUUGAUCUGGACCGCGUGAAUUUAUAAUUGAUCUGGACUUAUCAGAUUAUGUAAAUAUGUAUGUAGCUAAAAUAUAUUCAUAUCUGACUAAACCUUACGCCUAUCUCUUGUUGUUAGUUGCGCAGGCGCUUUCCUCCAAAUAGUAGGCACAAAAUCUGGUUUGAUUCGUCUUUGCAAACCAUCCAAAUGAAAUAAACGCUCAAAACAAUCCGUUGAAAAAUGGUCCAAACAAAUCAAGAAUCCAAUUUCCCGCGAGCUUGGCGUGCUUAGUUUGCACAAAUCUAACCGAUAUUCUUCUCAAAGAUUCGUCAUUUGGACUCUUAUGCGAUGAUCUACCCGCGUUUUUGUCAGAAGUAUUGCUGCAAUUAUUAUUAUUAUUAUUAUUAUUAUUAAUUAAUUCUCCAAACAUUUGGUUUUUCAGAUUAAUAUACAUGUAAAUUAUAUCUAAAUUAUUCUAUUACAUAUAUUUACAGUUUAAAAUCAUUAAAAUUAGAUAAGUUCAAUUAAGAUUUUGAAAGAAAAAGUUCAAGCAGAUAGUUAUAAAAAUUACUUUUUAUAGUCUUUACAAUUGUCAUGUACAGAGUUCCACAGGGAUACUGCUCGGUAUUCAAAUGUUCGUUGUCCGGCCGCCGAUCUAUAAGCUGGAAUGUUUAGUUUUUGUUUAUUUCUGGUGUUUCUAUCGUGUAAAGAUAAUUUCUCCUGAAAAUAUGAAUUGAGAUAGUCAGGGGCUAGUCCAUUCAAACAUUCGAACGUUUGAACGCCAACAAAGUAUUUUAACAUGUCUGGGACAGGCCUAAUUCAGUUGUUUGAGUAUUGGUGUAAUAUGUGUAGAAUAAUUUGUAAUACUAUAUUAUUGAUAACGACGUAGGAUAACAAACAAUGGGUGAUUUAGUUGAUUGACGUAAGAAAUGUAUCGUAUGUCAUGAAUAUAGACUUUGAAUUGAUUGUCAGACUGAAAGCACGAGAGAAAACCAGAAGGAUUGUUUGUUAUAUAUUUUAUCGUUUGAAUAGUUUAAAUAAAUAUGUUUGAAAGUACGCGUGUGUGUUCUAUUUCCGAUGGUAUUGUUCUGAUAGUAUACAGUCCCCACGAAGCGCAACUGUCUUGCGGUGUAAGACAGAAAAGUGCAAUACUUGGUCCAUGCGAACCGGAUAGAUUUCGAAAGAAAGAAUCGAGAUAGAUAGAUACGACGAUGCCGCUGGCCGAGUUGACAAAGAAAAGAAGAACACGCGCAGCGCACAAAGGUUCAGCAACGAAGAUAGGAACGAAGAUUAAAGAAUGUUUAGCGAAUGCGAGUGAAACGCCUCAAACGGACAAGAUUAGAAUGUGAUGAAACAGCUGAGAGAUACGCUGAGCGAGAAACUUGAAGCCUUGAAACUUUUAGAUAACGAGAUUGUCGAGGUACUAAGUAAUAGUGAAGCCGAAGACGCAGAACAACAGCUGGAAAAGGAAAUUCAGGAGACAGAUGAUAUUUGAAUUACAGAAAAUAAUUCUCGACGUGAAUGACGCAUUGUUCGAAGCCUUGCCGUCACUACCACAAGGUCAAAGUACACCAUCGAAUCUGAGUAUGAACGCUACACCAAAACAGGUUGUUCGCGCAAAGCUCCCAAAGUUACAGGUCAAAAGAUUUAAUGGGAAAAUUCAAGAGUGGCAAGAAUUUUGGGACUCCUUUGAUAGUUCUGUAAAUCAGAAUGACGCUCUAUCAGAGGUAGAUAAAUUCGCGUAUUUGAAAGGUCUACUGGUUGGUCCCGCGCAGACAACUAUCGCAGGGUUCACGUUAACAGCAACAAACUAUAAAGAAGCAUUAGAACUCCUGAAGACACGAUAUGGGAAGAAAACGGCGAUACAGAGAGCUCAUAUUCAAGCGUUAAUGAACAUAAAGCCAGUAUACAACGAGCGAGAUGUGCGUCGACUACGGGAAUUGUACCAUGCCUGUGAGACAACCUGCCGAGGUCUGAAAACCCUGGGAGUGGACGAAAGUUCGUAUGCUACGAUUGUUGUUCCGGAAAUACUCGACAAGCUGCCGGAAUCCCUUCGUUUGACGAUAACUCGUGGGGCAAGUGGAUCAGACUUUCUAAGUUGGACGAUGAAGGAUAUUUUAAAAGCACUGCUAGAUGAAAUUGAAUUACGCGAAGCACACGAAUCAUCUUCGACGAACACGUCAAAACAAGAACGAAGGAAACCACAGUUUCUAGAUGGAUCGGCGGCUGCUCUUGUGAAUCAUACCACCAGGGAAGGGAAGCCAAGAUGCGUACAUUGUUUACAAGAACAUUUAUCACAAGAUUGUAAGAAAAUUCAGGAUGCUGGUAAGCGUAAACAGAUACUUCGUAAGUACGGACGGUGAUUUAUAUGUUUAAAAAGAGGACAUAUUAGUAGUAAUUGUUUAAAUACGAGUAAAUGUAGUGCAUGCAGUAAACGACAUCAUAGUUCUAUUUGUGAGAGCCAUGCUCUAUAACCGCUGACGGGUCUAUAACCGCUAAUGGGUCUAUAACCGCUGACGUCGUGCCAGUAAAGAGGAAGGAAUGGGUGGAAAUUAGAAUGUUCGGACAGGAGAAAGUUGAAGGGAAGUUGAGAGAAGUGUUUGAAUUGAGUGUAGCCCCAGUACAGGGGGGAGAGAGUGUUAGCAUUGAAGUUUAUGGAGUAGACAGCAUUUCACAGAUUAGGAAUGAGCAUGUAGAGACAAGGAAGAAAGAUUACCCACAUUUGCAAGGGUUAUGGUUUUCCGAUGUUUGUAAGACCAAGAAUGUGUUAGAAAUAGAGUUACUAAUUGGCGCAGAUUAUUUGUGGUUAUUUCAAGAAGGGCGUACGGUUAGGGGCAAGAGUGAUGAACCUGUUGCGGUACAAACCAAAUUAGGAUGGGUGUUGUCAGGUCCACUGAAGAGUAGCUCUGAAGAUGAUGAUGGUCCUACAUCGUGUGCACAGGUAAGUAUAAACCUUAUUGGGCAUGUAACUUCAUCAAAGAAUAGGUCCCUUGAAGCAUGUGUUGAAAAAUUAUGGGAUUAUGAAACGUUAGGUAUAAAGCAUGAAGAGGAAGCUAGUGAGUUAUUAAAUGAUUCAAUACAUUUCAAUGGCCAAAGAUAUAGUGUAAGUUUACCUUGGAAGGAAGGGCAUAGUUUAUUGCCAACUAAUUAUAGCUGUAGUGUGCAGAGAUUAAAGGGACAGCUUUUAAGAUUAAAGAAGGAGCCAGAAGUUUUACAAGAGUAUGAUAGAGUAAUUAAAGAACAGUUAGAGCUAGGUAUUAUAGAACCAGUUGUAGAGUUAGAGAGAGCUGAUAAGAUCCAUUAUCUACCACAUCAUGCUGUGGUUCGUAAAGAUGCAAAGACCACUAAGGUCAGGGUUGUGUAUGAUGCAUCGAGUAUAGAGACUAAGAAAGGUGUAUCUUUAAAUGACUGCUUGCAUGUUGGGCCACCUCUAUCCCCGUUGUUGUAUCACAUUAUAUUGCGUUUUAGAGAAAAGCGAAUCGCGCUUGUAGCAGAUAUAGAGAAGGCUUUUUUAAAUAUUGAAAUUGAUCCGUGUGACAGAGAUUGUUUGAGGUUUCUUUGGGUGGGCAACAUACAUGAAGAUGAGGUGAAGCCAGUAUAG